AUCAAAGAAGAACAGGAUAGUGUUAUCGAGUAACAUCAGGUUAGCUGAGGAUGUUUUGUUUGCUUCUUUUUCACUAAAAUGUGAUAUUUUUAACGCAAUGCUAGCUUAAAUAUCCAUCCGGAUAUGGCUGAAUUGCCGGAACAAGGACGUGGAAGGUCGGACUGCGACUAAUGCCUUAGCCUCCCAGCUUGCCUUGUAACAUUAGGAGCACAGGACACGAUGCUGCUGAAGAUGCCCCAGAAGCUGCUGAAGACUGCCCACUACAUAGAGCUGGGCAGCUAUCAGCACUGGCCAGUGUUAAUACCUCAGAGGAUAAGACUGUACACCUACGAACAAAUCCCCCUCUUCCUCAAAGAGAACCCCUACAUCACUGACGGCUACAGGGCCCACCUGCCCUCCAAACUCUGCCUAAGGAGUAUUUUCAUUCUGUCAAAUGAGACUGUGAAUAUCUGGAGCCACCUUCUUGGUUUCCUGCUCUUCUUCUCUCUGGGGGUCAACGACGUCUCGUCAGUACUGCCAGCCUCCGGAGCCAACAGAGAGGACUACGUCAUCUACGCUAUAGGACUCUUCUGCUUCCAGGUGUGCAUGUUGUGCUCGGUGGGCUAUCACCUGUUCUCGUGCCACCGAUCAGAGAAGACUUGCCGUCGCUGGCUGUCGCUGGACUACGCGGGCAUCUCUGUUGGCAUCCUGGGCUGUUACGUACCUGGGAUCUUUUACGCUUUCUACUGUAACACUUUUUGGCGGCAGGUCUACCUGCUGACAGUGCUGUCCCUGAUCCUGGCCGUCUUCUGUGCUCAAGUCCACCCUCGUUACCUCAGCAACGACUGGCGGCGGAUACGGAUGACGAUCUUCUGCUGCGUGGCCGGCAUCAGUGUGAUUCCUGCGUGUCACUGGGUGUGGCUCAAUGGGGGAUAUACCACUGAUGUUGUAAAGCUUUUCCUGCCACGUGUGUUAGUGAUGUACCUGAUAGCUGGAUCUGCCUUCCUGUUCUACGUCACCAAGAUCCCUGAACGAUAUUUCCCCGGCCAGCUGAACUACCUGGGAGCCAGCCACCAGGUGUGGCACAUACUGGUGGUGGUGAUGUUCUACUGGUGGCAUCAGACAGCUGUUCACAUCAUGCACUUCAGGCACAGCCAGGCAUGUCCAGGCCGGACCACCAGCAGCUAAGUUAAACUGAUCAAAUAAUAAUAAUACGGAAAGGCAAUCAGUUGCAGGCUAACAUUGUUAGCAGACAUCCGUUAAACUCAUUAUGUUAAUAUUCACGUGUUACUUCUGAUUAGAAGUUGCUGCCUAAAGGUCUUUCAACCACUAAUUAACAAAAAGACUCCUUUUACUGCUAUUAUCUGCUAAGGUGUAAGACUGAGAGUGUAAAGGUAGCUUUUAGCUUUCACUGAGCUGCUGCAGCUGUUAAAGGUCAGUGUCUUUUCAAAGUCUACUGUCUCCAACAGUAGAUAUCAGCUAAGUGGCUAAAAGCUACUGUAAAUCUUAAACUGUCUCCACCACCAUAACUAUAAAGAUCAAUGCAUGAAGAUGGAGUUUAAAUCCAUUUGUAGAAACAGACUAAAGUUUGGUGUUUAUAACUAGUAAUCAUGUUAUCUCAUGGUUGGUUUAGAAUGUGAUUUUUUUUUUGUACAAAUGUAUUGAAAAAAGAGUUAUUUUGAGUUAAACAUUUUAGCCAGUGUGAACAAAGCCUUUAUUUGCAUUUUUUUUAAAUCUAUUAGUCUAGUCUAAUCUACAAGAUUAUAUGAAAUGUCUUGAUGAUAGAGAGCACAGAACAAAAUCUGAACUGGAAGUUGAACAUAUGGACACUGUGAAGUGCCUGUUUCUGGUAGAAAUUAUGACCCAACGCCUCAAGCAUUUAAAGCUUUCGAACGAAUACAAACCCUGAUUCCAAAAAAGAUUACACACUGUGAAAAACAUAAUAAAAACAGAAUGCAAUGAUUUGCAAAUCCUUUGCGAACUACAGUGGCAAAAAAAAGUAUGUGAACCCUUUGAUUACUUGGGACUUAGAUGCAGACCAGAUCACAUUUUAUGACAAAUUAAUGCAGAAAACAAGGUAAUUUCAAAGGGUUCACAUAUGUUUUCUUGCCACUGUACAUUCGGUUGAAUACAACACCAGACAACAUAUCUAAUGCUCAAACUGCUUGGGAGCUUUUGUUUUUUUGUAAAUAUUUAUAAUUUCGAGGGCCACUUAACGAUCAAUCUGCAAUAUCUAGGAAAAAAAUGUGGGAACCAUUAUUCAUGCUACAGUGCAUUGUUUUCUCAGCGCUGAUUUUUUUCACCCCUUUUUUGUGUGUGUACUGUUUAUUUAUGAAACAAAAAAGGUGGCAGUUUUGAAAACAAAAGAUAUUUAAUAACUCUCUACAGAGGCCAAUGGCAGUUUGUUUGGGCUGAACUAGGCAGCAUUUCACAUUAACCUCAAUCACAGAGCAACAGGGUUAAUCAAUCUUGUACAAUCAUUGCUAUAAUUGCUGUUUUCAGAGUAUUGGAUGUGAUCUCUUUAGUAAACAGAGUGUGUUAUCAUGGCUAAAACCAUCCAACCCACAUCAGUCUCCCAAUUUUGGGGUCUUAUUUCAAGUUUUUACAAACUGCUCAUUCAAGCUUC